GUAUAGGUAGUUCUAUUAUUUCUAAAUCUUUACGUUUUUAUGUAACAAUAGAUGUUUCAAAAAUCGUCAUCCGAUUAAUCAAUAUUGAUUAAUUAAUAGAGAUUUAAUAUAAAAAUCAUAUAACGGAUCACCUAUUUUUUCUGAAGUAUAUUUACACUAAAAAUAAUUCGUUAUCGAGCUGAUAAUCAAUAAACAAAUGCAAAAUUAAAUUUUAUCAAAUCAUUUGGAAUUUUUUAAUCAUAUUUCAUUCGACAAUUGAAUUGGAUCAAACACGAAUUGAAUGCGAGCGAACAAUGCUGAGCAUUUUGUCCAGAUGUUGACCGUUCGUUCGCUUGUAUACAUGCCUUAAAAUGGCACAGGUAAGAAGCAUGGGGGAGAUACUAAGAAGAUCGUGACUUGCUAGCAUUGGCUUCCCUAAGAAAAAACGAUGCCGAAGAUGGAGAGAGGAACCAAGCGAAACAUCGAAAGAAAUCUUCUUUCGAGCAAUUCGGUAAUCUGCCAACGUUAGAUAAGCGAAUUGAUAAUUUGAUGAAUGAAUAAUUCUUUCGUUUUCUCAUCUUGAAAACUGUAUAGAUAUCAUAUAGCAAGUCGAGGAAUUUUUAGAUCUGUCCUUUUUAGCUGAACUGAUUGCACUAGUUCAGAGUUCAUCUCUCUUUUUCCAAUGUAGAAAGAGAAAGAUAAACUGUGACCUAGUGCAGUCAGUUCAGCUGAAAAGAACAAGCCUUGAAAUUCCCCCGACUUGUAAUAUAUAUUUAUUUAACAAUAAGAUAUUUAUUCUGUACACAUGUAAAAUGAAAUACCUAUGUGGCUACCAGUGUAUGUGUGUAUGUAUGUAUGUACGUAUGUGUGCAGGAGGAAUACGGCUCGUCGUCAUGGUUACCGCUUACAAACGUGAGCUAGCAGCGGUCGUACACUUGUCAAAUGUACCGUAAGGUUUGAUUUCAAGUGGCUUACGACGCAGGAGCGUUCACCCGACACUUCGACGCAUAUGUUUUAACGCUGCGUAUAAAUAAUAAAGAUGGAUUGGGCUACCGAUCUCGAGAUCACUUCGAAGAAGCUGCUACCUCGCCUAGGUAGACGUGCAGGUCAGAAUAUUUUGCUGGAGGAGAGCAAGUCCGACGAUGACCCCCUGGAGAGCCCUGUUUCCUUAUCGUCCGCAAAGUCUGCAUCUAUGCAAAGACCGAUAGCUCCACCCCGGUCGAGGAAAACUGGCUGGGGCGACGAAUUGAAAAGCGCCAAAUCAAGGACGACGUCAAAUAUUAUUGAACAGGAGCGUUUCCGAGUGAUUGAAAAGGAGGAACAAGAAGACGAUAUACCAGUAAUACCAGAUUUGGAUGAAAUUCAGGAGGAUAACAUCUCGUCUGAUAUUGCAAGCGCACCUGCAGUCAAUGCAAACAGAGUGACUGCGUACGAGGAGCUGGACACUGACCUGGUGAAAAAUGCCGCGUACACAUCGUUGGAUGGCAUCAGUCUUUCUCUCCUCGCAGACAAGCUGUACAAUGAGAAUUUAGUGAAGGAACCGGAUGAAGUUUGGAAUUGGAAUCUUCUUUUCACGCAAAUUUCCUCGGAGAUCAAUAGCGAGACGCAAAAAAAGAUCCAGGCCUAAUGACACACGUCAAAUACAAAAACUAUAAUACUUAUAUAUAAUUAACGAAGUAUUUUUGUAUCUUGAAAUAAACUUCGUGCUUAUUAUAACGUUA